AUGAAGCUUAUAUUAACUUUAACAACAAUUUUUUCAAUAAUAAAUAUAAUUUCAUCAUCAUCAAUCAUACCUAAAAAAAAUCAUGAUUUAAAAAAUUAUUUUGCUAUUGAAUUAUCAUCAAAAGAUGAAUUGAAAACCAUUACUGAAAACUUCCCAAAUUGGUCUUUUGAACAUGAAGCAAGAGGUAAUCCAAAUCAUUUUGUAUUUUCAAUAAAUAAAUCUCAUGGUGAUGUUUUUGAUUUAAAUAAUGAUGAUGAAAUUAAACCUCAUUUACAAAAAAGAGAAGCAUUAGAAUUUAAAUCUCUAGUGGAAAAUCAUGGUAUAAAAUCUAUUCAUAGAUUACCAUUAAAAAAAUUAAUUAGAAGAGCUCCUGUACCAAUUUCUGGAUCAGAUAGAAUCCCAGUUACUGAUAAAAAUGAAGAAUUUAAAAAACCAACAGAUUCAAGUCUUGAACCAAUAAUUGCUGCACAAGAAAAAUACAAGAUUGAUGAUCCUGAAUUCCAGAAACAAUGGCAUUUAAUUAAUCCAAAUUAUCCAGGUCAUGAUGUUAAUGUCACUGGUGUUUGGGAUCAAAAUAUAACAGGUAAUGGCGUGGUUGCAGCAAUAGUUGAUGAUGGAUUAGACCUUGAUUCUAAAGAUUUAAAAGAUAAUUUUUGUGCUAAAGGGUCAUGGGAUUUUAAUAAUAAUGAUCCAUUACCAAGACCAAGAUUAAAUGAUGAUUAUCAUGGAACAAGAUGUGCAGGUGAAAUAGCAGCUGUUAAAAAUGAUGUUUGUGGGAUUGGUGUUGCUUAUAAUUCAAAAGUUUCAGGUAUAAGAAUCUUAUCUGCAGAAAUUACAAAUGAAGAUGAAGCUGCUGCUUUAGUUUAUGGUUUAGAUGUUAAUGAUAUUUAUUCAUGUUCUUGGGGACCUCAUGAUGACGGUAAGGCAAUGCAAGCUCCAAAUACACUUGUUAAAAAUGCCUUAGUAAGAGGUGUUCAUGAAGGUAGAAAGGGUAAAGGUGCCAUAUAUGUAUUUGCAAGUGGGAAUGGUGGAUUACAUGGUGAUAAUUGUAAUUAUGAUGGUUAUACAAAUUCAAUUUAUUCUAUCACAGUGGGUGCUAUAGAUCAUAAAGGUUUACAUCCUCCUUAUGCUGAAGCAUGUUCUGCAGUUUUAGUUGUCACAUAUAGUUCAGGUUCUGGUGAACAUAUUCAUACUACUGAUAUUGAAAAACGUUGUUCAGAUACUCAUGGUGGUACUUCUGCUGCUGCUCCAUUAGCUGCAGGUGUUUAUACAUUAGUUUUGGAGGCAAAUCCAAAUUUAACUUGGAGAGAUGUUCAAUAUUUAACAAUUCAUAGUUCAAAUAUUAUUAAUGAAAAUGAUGGUGAUUGGCAAGAUGCUGCUUUAAGUAAAUAUAGUCAUAAAUAUGGUUAUGGUAGUCUUGAUGCUUUUAAAGUUGUUGAAUUAGCUAAAAAUUGGACUAAUGUUAAUGAACAAGUUAAUAAAACUACACAAGUUUAUGAAGCUAAUAAACCAGUUGAAUUUAAUAAAAUUGCUGAUCAUGAUUUCCAUAUUGAAAAACAAGAUUUAUCAAAUUUUAAAAAUUUAGAACAUGUUAUAUUAACUUUAAAUAUGGAUACUUCAAUAAGAGGUCAAGUUUCAGUGGAUUUAAUUUCUCCAAGUAAUGUUGUUUCAAAUCUUGGUGUUUAUAGAAGAUUAGAUCAAUCUAAUGAAGGUUUCCAAAAUUGGAAUUUUAUGUCUGUUGCUCAUUGGGGUGAUGAAAAUUUUCAAGGUAAUUGGAAAGUUAAAGUUAGAAAUCAUGGUCAAGAAAAUAAAGUUUUUUUAAAAAAUUUUAAAUUAACAUUUUUUGGUCAAAAAAGAGAUGAAGUGGAUGAAACUUCAUCUUCUUCACUUCCUUCAUCAUCUUCUCAAGUCCAACAACAAACAUCAUCAUCAAUUGUCAUUUCUUCUUCUUCUUCUUCCAUUUCAAGCUCUAAAUCUUCUGAUAGUAUUCAACCAUCAUCAACUUCAUAUUCCCAUUCAAUAGAAAUUCCAAAACCAACACCAACAGAAUCAAAAUCAAAUGAUUCAGAAGGUAAAUAUAAACAAUCACAAUCUCAUUAUGCAGAAUAUUUCUUAGUUUUAAUAGUGAUUGGAUUUAUAAUUAUAAUGGUUUAUUUUAAAAAAUUUGCAUCAAAAAUUUCAAGAAGAAGAGAACAAUAUGAAUUUGAUAUAAUAAAUCCAGAAGAUACCGAAUCUGAUUCUGAAUUUGAAUUAGAUAAUAGAUUAAGUUCAAGUGAUUUAGAAAAUGAAUUAAGUCAAAGUUUUAAUGAAGAUGAUUUAAAUUCAAAUUCAAACCAAAAUAAGAAUAAAAAAGAUAGUUUUGAAAUUGAUAGUGAUGAUGAUGAUGAUCAAAAUAAAAAUAAAAAUAAAAAAGAUGUUGAUGAUGAAUCAAGAGUUUAG